AUCUAAAAUCUGUGUAUUACAAAUGUGUUCUUCUGCCUCAGCCUCUGCUCCACUAUCAGUACAGCCUGCUCUCCAAUCUCACGAUUGUGAUACUGAACAGACAGCUCGCAUUUCUCUCGCAUGUCACAGCUUUGAUUGGUUGAAAGAAAUGUCCAUGUACGCAGGCUACAAACUGUGUCAAAGAUUGUCUUGUCUAUGUUUUUCCCCAUCCUUCACUGGUUAACUUCCAGCAGGCUGAUGCUUGACAAGCUGUUUCCUUCAAAGUCCAAGCGUGGAGGCUUUCUGCAGGAGCUUCAUGGAACAUCACGUGUAAACGCCGUUGUUGGCAGGAUCACUGAUAUUUCACUGAUAAUCACUGUGAACAGUUAAGUAUCUUACAGUGCUUCAGUGUUGAAAAAGGCGUCAGAGGAGAUAAAAGGAAGGCGUGGGAGUAAAGGAGGUGGGAACCAACCUCAGUUAGACCUGUUGUUCAACAGAAGAGGAGACCCAACCUGAACCUGUGGGAUAUACAGGAGGUCUAGGAGGUCAGAUCUUGGUCAGAGGACAUGACUGGGUGUCGUGCAUCAGUGUCGGGUCUGCAGGCAUGUGUCUGAUAUGUUUACACUAUGAACGUCUCCACACUGCUGCCUGGAUUUCUCUUGCUCCAGCUUUUAACAGUGUGUGAUCGGGCGUCUGGAGCAAACAAACAGGAACCAGCUGCUUCACUUGAGGACCACAACACUCUCUUCAGGGGCCUCUGGAAGCUGCAAAUCAGGGACUCCCUGCUGAAAGGAAAAGGUUCCAGUCCUCAUCCGACUAGAGAAGAGGUUAAACAGCAGCUGCUCUACUGUCGUGUUGGGAUUGGUUACCAUCUCCAGAUCCUGCCCAGCGGCUCGGUAGGAGGCGUCCAUAAACCCACUGAACACUGUCGGAUGAAGGUGUUCGCUAUGAAGCAUGGAGUGGUGGGAAUCAGAGCAGUUAAGAGUGGCUUGUACCUCUGUAUGAGUAAAGACGGACUGGCAUACGGAGCGGAGAAGUUUUCUGACGACUGCAUGUUGAAGGAGAACUUGGAGGAAAAUCACUACACCACCUACUCCUCUCUGUCUUAUCCAGGCAUCUACCUGGCUCUUUCCCACAAGGGGGAACUCAGGAGGGGCAACAGCGUUACCAAACACCAGCCCUGCACCCAUUUCCUGCCUCGAAAGACAUCAUGAUCAGGGUCCACUACUCUUUUUGGAACUUUCAGACGAAACAAGACUGCGCAGGACUGGAUUCCUGUGGAACUUUAAGUAGCUGAUGGAGCCUUAAGCUGCUCUGGAUAUGGAGGUCGUUCAACACCAGAGAUAAAGGAAAGAAAGCACUGUUCUUACUUUUAACUCCCUUGUGCCUCCAAAGCAGUUGUGAGUCAUCAGAGAGUGGACGUGAGGCUUCUGAGGGGGUCCUGUGGUGUCUGGUGUUGUUAGUGGGGACCUUCACGUCUUAUGAG